AUGAUGAAAAUAUAUAACAAAUUUUCUAAAAAAUUGUAUACAGCACUCAAUUUCAAUUUUUCAGAUGAAGUCUCUUGUUCAAAAAGAAAAUGGUUACAUUUAGGAUAAGAAGAAAAUGCAGAGAGCCAUUAAAAGAAAGAACUUAGAAUAAUGUAAUACAAUGUAUUAGCUCCUUGCUAUACUUACCCUAAUUUGUAUCCUGAUUGCACAAAACAAGAUUUGGAAUGGAAUGCGAGAUUAGAUUUGUUAAUAAAAGAAAUUAAAUUUGUGGAUCCUACUAUUCUUUGCCUGCAAGAAACUUAGUUAGAUACUCUUUAUGAUUUAAAUGAUAAGCUAAGAGAGAUUUUUGAUGUAUCUGUCAUUCAUAGAUUAAAAGGAAAAUCGAAAAAAGAUGGAUGUACAACCAUUUUUAAGAAAGAAGAAUAUGAAGAAAUUUAUUCAGUAAAACUUGAUUUAGAUUAAUCUAGUAGUAUUUAUAGCGAAUUAUAGUGGAUUAACUGUGAAAAUAUAUGCUUAUUUACACUUUUAAAAGAUAAAAAGAAACCUAAUUCAUUUAUUUUAAUUGGAAACACUCAUUUCAUAUAUUCACCUUAAAUGGGUUUAGUUAAGCUGGGAUAGGCAAAGCUGAUAACAUCAGCAAUAAAAUCUAUUUUAGAGGCAGAAGGUGAUAAAAAUAUUGAUGUUUUCUUAUGUGGAGAUUUCAAUUUUAUUCCUAACAGUGCACUUUAUUCUUUUUUUACUCAAUAAAGCAUAAAUUUUGAAAGUCUUCCUUUGCAUGAGGUCUCUAACUAAGAUAUGGCUUAUACUUUUGAAAAAAAUGAAAACUCAAUAGAUUAACACUUUUAAAGUACAACAAGAAAAUAUUAAUUUUUUAAUAAGAAUGAAACAUAAAAAGAAUAUAUUCCAUACUUCCAAACUUUAAUGAGUUUAGAAGUAAAGUUUGAUAAAAAAAACUAAGAAUUCAAUGUGGUAUUUAAUAAAAACGAAAAUAUUAAAAGUAAAAACAUAAUAACUUCAGAUAUUUGCUUGAAAAGUGCAUAUGCUGAAAUGUAUAAACAAUACAAUUAAAAAUUUCCUAAUAGCAAAAAAAGUUUAAUUAAUAAUUUGAUUUCGAAGAUAACUAAAAAGGAUAAUUUAACUUAUGAGUAUGGUUUGUCUCAUUUAACCAAAAAAGGAUAUUUAUAAUGUGAUUUUAUAUGGUAUAGAUUUGCUGAGCCAUCUUCCUAAAAACAUCUUAAAUAAAUACUUUAGUAACAUGACUACUAAUAUGUAAAUAAGUUCAAAGCAUUUCCAAAUCAAUACCAUCCUAGUGAUCAUUUUCCAAUAGUAGCCUCUUUUGAGCUAAAUGAAUGA